UGGAGGACCUUGUUCUGGUUUGGAGCAUACCCUCCACUCCUGAUUAUUCUUUUCCGGUUAUAUCUCCCAGAGGCAAAUAGCCUUCUCGAACGGCAAGCAACGAGGAUAGAACGU